AUGGAAGCGGAUUUAGUGAAUAUAAUAAAUGGACUUUUGAGCUCCGCGACCAAUAAUAUUCGAACGGCUACUGCAGCCUUGGCGCAGGCCAUGGAGAAUCCCGAGGUGAUGCUGGGCUUCUGCAACAUCGUGGUCUCCCCCAUGCUGACUGACAUCCGCCAGUACGCUGCGGUGAUCCUCAACAAGCGACUGUCGAAGCCGCGACAUUGGCAGCUCCUGGGCCAGGAUAUGCAGGGCCAGAUCAAGCACAUGAUGCUGAAAGCUCUAAUCGCCGAGGAGGAGAAGAUUGUGAGGAGUGGCAUCGGCCAGGUAGUGGGCACUCUGGUACGCCACGAGGCGGACAAGACCGACUCUUGGGUGUCGGAACUGUUUGACUUUGUUUUGCAAAAGUGCACAGUACAGGAUCCAAGAGAGAGCGAGCUCGGAUCGUCAAUAUUAUGCACCCUCGCCGACACGGCACCCGACCAGUUCAUCCACUUAGUGGAUAAGGUAUGCCACAUGUUUUCCAAGGUCAUGGUUGAGGCGACAAAUCAGGGAAACCUCGUCACUACAACGGUUACUAAUCUCAUAAGCUGUAUGACCCAUCUGAUGCAUAUUAUUAAGGGGAACGAAGAUGCGGAGAAGACCCUGGCCGCACUGAUGCCCCACAUCUACAACACCGUGAUAGCUUACGCCUGGUCGCAUGACUUAUCAGAAUUCCUGGCAGUAUCACAGAUCCUAGAGAGCGUCUCGGACCACAUCCCCAGGCUGUUAAACGAUGUGAAGCCCGCUUUGGAGUGCUGCCUGAUAGUGGCCAGCAGCAAAGAUUUGGAGGAUGCCAUCCGCUGCGAGGCAAUUACCUGUGUCCUGGGCAUAGUACUAAUUAAAAAGGAGACGGUGAUUAAAGAGGAGCUACUAGAGCCAGUCCUUAACAUUACGUUGGAGGUGAUGUGCUGCUCCACGAGCGACGACGACGAGGUCUACUUCGACCGAAUGUUCUACGCCCUGGACACCUUUAUCAGACACCUGAAGGACGAGGUGAAGCCGCACUUGGUUCUCCUGAUGGAGCGUCUCUCCAACGCCUUGGUAGGCCAAACCACUCCCCGGCUCUGUAAACUGGCCUUGUCCACCAUAGCGUCAGUGGCUGCUGCUGCCAAAAUGGACUUUUUGCCAUAUUUCCCAAUGGUGCACAACGUCAUUUCACGGUACAUAGUUUUGGAAAUACCAGAGAACUAUCGACAGAUCCGGCUCGAGUCCAUGAAACUCCUGGCGGUCAUUGCCCGCGUCGUCGGGAGGGAGAACUUCCUGCCGCUGGCUAAGGAAACUAUGCUAUUCUGUCUGUCGAUUUUGGAGCACAAGGCCGAUGACAAGGAUCUGCGCAGGCACGCGUACAUCCUAAUGGGAGCCCUCUCAACCGUGGCCAACGAGGAAAUGGGUGCUGUUUUCCCCAAGAUCAUGAACCGCAUUUUGGAAUCGGUCCACCCGAGGACCAAGGACGAUGAAGAGAUGCGGGAGAGUUCCGAACUCAACGAAUCGCAGACGGAGGACGAUGACCUCUUCGAGAAGGAGCAGGCCAUUGUGGCGCUGAGGGAGUUCGCUGCCAACUCCGGCGCUGCUUUCGCUCCGUAUCUUCAGCCGUCGUUCGACUGCGUCCUCAAGGUAGUCGACAGCCCCUACGUCUCCAUUCGCAAGGCCGCGUUGGAGGCUCUGACCCAGUUCGUUAUCGCUCUCUACAGGAUCGGGGAUGCAGAGGGAGUUGCUCGCGCCAGCCUGGUGGUCGUACCCAUGUUGGCCCAAGUCGCUCGCGACGACCAGGAGCAGUCGGUAAUAAUUGCCGCACUGGCAACACUCGGAGAACUGUUUCAGGAAGUAAAAGGUGGCGUGGUGCCCACAAUCGAGUUGCGAGGGAUUAUCUGUGAACUCAUCAAGGACUUGAUGACCAACAAGGCAGCUUGCCCAGACGGUGAUGGGAAUGGCGACGACGACAACGACGAGGUGGAAGGCGAGAACGUGGUCAUGGAGCAUGCGGCCCGAUUGCUGCCGCUCUUGGGCCUUGCCUUGGAGCCCAAGGAGUUCUCCGUGUACUUCGCACAACUGCAUCUUCAGUAUGUGGAGCACAUCCCGAGAGAUCCCAGUGCCACUGACUACUGCUACAUCAUUUACGGUGCCUUGACCGACUGCCUUCAGAGCCUGGGCACCUGGAUCGUCGAAUACUUCGACCACCUAUGCUUCUUGUUCAUCCAGGGAACAGCUCAUCCGGAAGGGAACACCCGCAAAAAGGCAUACUACGGCCUGGGAGAGCUGGUCUUGCAUUCAGAAAGAAGGUCUUUCGCUUCGUAUCCGAUUAUCCUGCAAGCCCUCUCGAAUGCCAUUGCCACGGAGAGGGACCCCGCUGCCCUGGACCACAUUAUAGCAGCUCUCGCCCGGCUAUUGGUCACCCACAUGGAAGGUGUGCCCCUAGUUGAUGUCCUCCCAGCGUUCAUGUCCUACUUGCCGCUACGCGUGGAGACGCGCGAGUACCUCUCGGUCCAAAAGGCGUUCCGGGUACUCUUCGUCAAGGCACGACCUGCCGUUGAGCCGUAUCUGGAGCAGAUGCUAGUAAUCACCGUUCAAAUGGUCCUCAGGAAAGAACUACCCGACUCCCAGUCUACCGAAGAUAGCGUCAACUUCAUCAGGGAAAUUGUACAUCAUUAUCCACCGUUUUUUCAAAAGCUGUCUAGUUUCGAAGAGUGUGCGAAUCUCAUGCCCUUGUUGUAA